GUUCGCGCGAGUGAAAGCAAGUCGCUGUCAUCACCGUGUGGCUCAGUUCAUGUCUUAAAUCGCGAUCACACGAGUCACUCUCAAGAAGUCAACAGUUCAGUGCAUUAACAGUUGCAAGUCGUCAAUGGAUUAACAGAUGAGCGAGCAAAGACACUUGGAAUAACAGUCAUUUGUGAACAUGCACGCCGAUCCCACCAACUGCUGUUUUUGAAGAUUGACGUAUAACCACCAAAGGUGCAAGAAACAGCAUCAGCACUCAUUUAACACUGGAACUGCUAAACUACUGACUUUAAAACAACACACUUUACAGGUUGUGUCUGGUAUGGCCCGACCAGAGAUGGAAAGCAGGGUAGACGACCGCAACCCUGGAGCUCGACGGAGCUGCAGGAUGGAGGUGCUGCGUCAGGAUGCCUGGCCGAAUGGCUGCAUCAUUCAGCCCUGCCACAGGCACCGCACCAUUGCUACUCAGACCGUCACUGUCUCUGCACCCCUACCCCACAUCCCCACACAAGAUGCCUUCAGCUCGGACAGCGUCCAGCAACACGACAAUCCACUCAGGGACAAUACAGGUACAGAACUGUUGAGAGAAAGGCAGCUACCCCUGCCUGAUCUAUUAACUGACAACCAGAGCUCUUCAGAGGACUCGAUGUCCAGCAGCUCUUCUGGUGAAGACAAUCCCCGCCUAGAGGAGUGUGUUGUAGAAAGGGUGGCCAUACAGCUGAGGACUAUCGGAGACGAGAUGAACACGUUCUUUCUUGAGAGGAACGCUGUCCCACACUGGCAAAACUGGAGGGGCUUGUACCGCGGGCUCAUCGCCUUCGUGGCCGACACCAUCCAUGCUCUGUACCAGCACGGGCUCAGAUAAACACGCUGGUGUUUGAGUCACAGGACGAGUGCAGGCGCUCUCCUGCCGACCGGUUAUAAACUAUUUCUGCUCGGGGAUUUUUCUGCAGGAUCAGAUAUAAAGUUUCUUUUUUUGUUAAGUUUUGUUUGUUUGGGUAUAUUUUGUAUGUUGGUUUUCUAUCUUCUUUCAUGUUGAUGUAGCAUACAGAAGCGGACUGAAGUGUGUGUCCAGGUAUAGAUGUCAGUAGGUGGUGUGUGUGCACCUGUCAAAUGUGAAGCACAUUAGGGUACUUUGGUUCUGUUCUGUGCAUUUUGCAUCUUUGGUCGCAUUAAGCCGGGUCGCUCUCAAGCAAGGAGAUUGAUUAGAUCUGUGUAGCGCCUCAGGCCCAGAAGUGCUUUGUCUGUCAUGGGUUCUCAGCUGCCUUAUAGGAGCAAUAAUUGCGCUGCACUAUCAGUCACCAGUGGCGCAGAGCACAUACCCUUAUGCCAUUAAUGGGAAACGCGUGAUAAUGAUCAAGACUAUCUUCUAGAUAAUAGAAUGCUUAGCGGAGUAACGCAUACACGCUAUGUUAAUGGAGCACAGCUGCAUUGUGCCUUUUUUGAGCCCUUCAAUUACUAAAGCCAUCAGGGACAAUCAGUGUGCAGGUGCCCUGUUGCCCCCCUACCUGAAUCUACACCUUGGGACACAAGUUUGCCACUUAAUACCAACCUCCAAUGGAGGUAAUGGAACGAGGCUAGAAGCCUUGCGGGAAAGCCAGACCACUAGUUGUCGUAAUGUCUGGAUAGCAGUGUUAAUAUUUGGAUGUACAUAUUUUGUGAGAAAAGGACAAACGAUAGAAGGAACUGGGAGUUCUUUUUCUUAUGUGGUGUGUAUAUUUUGAUGAAAUGUUAUGACUUAAAAAAAGUACUUAAUUUUUAAGUUCCUGUUUUCUGUUUCAGAGCGGUAAGAGCAGUUUGUUGUGUUCUUACAUUAUUAACGGACCAACACUGGAAAGCAAUUCAUUUUUUGCAUACUUGAGAAUUUGUUUAGAUUUGAUGAUCUAAAGUCCUGGAAACAUCUGUGAAAGUCCCCGUUAAAUGUAUUUGCUGACAUUCUCAAAGUUGAGAAGCAGAGGCUAAAUUAUUUUGUAUGUCAAUUCGGUUAUUUUGAUCAAAUACUUUUGGAUUGAACGAUCCAGCAGCACGAAACAAGCAUGGUGAUAUUUAUUAGUGUUGUGUUCUAUGGACCAAAUAACUUAUUUGUGAACUUUUCCCACAAGACACUUAAGUUUUCUGCUGUAAUUUAUUUGUCUACAAAUGAGAUUAAUGAUAAAUAGUAAAUAACAAUAACCUGAGCCAAACUUCCAUCAUACUUGAACAGAUCAUGUUAAUGGGUGCGAGGGCCGUCCGUUGUUUGCAGAUACAGUUUUGUUCAAGGGGCCUUUAACUGGACAGCCUUUCCUGACACUGUUGUAUGAUUCAAGCACUUCCCUUAAAACCACUUUUGAAAAACUGUAAGCAAUUGGUAGGAAAGUUCAUCCAACCACUCAUUUGGGUUAUCAUUGUGGGUACAGAAUUUUUAUGGCAUUUUGUGGACAAGAGAUACCGGUCUCAUGACUUCCUGUGUAAAUCAGUUGUGUGGUCCACUUCCUGUGGCCGCCUUGUGACUGUGUUCUCUAAUACAGCCUGUCACUGAAGUAAAAGCCUUACGUAUACUGUCAGAUUCACACUACUCUCAAGCUCAUGUCAGUCUUCUUUUUGUACUUUUGCCAUAUGGAUUUUUCUAUGUAAAAUUUCUAAAUGAAUUUUGUAUUGUUUUUUCCUUACCAUUUUCAAUAAAUAUAAGAAUUACAUGA